AUGAAGGCUGUCCCCAGGAACUGGUGGUGUGAUGGUGCAAUGUGGAGACCACCCCCAGCUGAUCGGACCCUCCUCCGACUCUCUCCUCUGCCCCUGCAGGUACCUUGGCCAAGACCCCAGCCACCUGCGGCCACACAGCAGUCGCAACAGUCCCCCCCACCUCUGCAGAUGCCCUUCCCCCUGGGGAUCCGGCCCACACCAGUGCAGAGGAGCUGGUCCCAGGGGGUUCCCAGGCCCACCAUGGUCCCUCCUGCCUGUCACAAGCGGCCCAUGAGCGCCGGAGGGAAGAUGUUCUCCUUUGUGAUGGAUGGCGUCUACAGGCCUCCCAUCAUCAAGCAAGUGUGGACCAACACUGUGGAACUGUCAGAACCGUCAGUGGCCGAAGGGAUUCCCGAGGCAGGACCUUCCGGGGAGAUUUAUGCGGACCAGGACUCAGACCAGCAGGAUAAGGAUGAAAUCAUUCUGCUGCUGGGGAAAGAAAUCGGCCGUCUCUCGGAUUUUGAACUUGAAUCCAAAUACAAAGACGUCGUGAUAGCGAACCUGCAGAACCAAGUGGCCAACCUGAGUCAGAGGCUGUCGGAGAAAACCUCCUCCAGGCAGAAGGAGAGGGGCACCUCACAGAACUUCCAGGUUUUGGAUGAAGACAUCGAUGCCAAACAGAGAGAGAUCGAGAGCUUGAAAAGCCAGAUCAGUGCCCUGCAGAAAGGCUACAACCAGGUGCUCUGCCAGACCCUGUCUGAGAGGAACUCAGAAAUCACAUCCCUGAAGCACGAGGGCGAGAACCUGAGGAAGGACAAUGCCGUCACCUCAGGGAUGGUGUCAUCUUUGCAAAAGGAAGUGUCAACAAGGGAUGAGCAAAUUCAGCAACUCACACAAGAGGUGAACCAACUAAAAAGUGAGAACAAAGAAAAGGAACAUCAGCUUGAAGCCCUCAGCUCCAGAUGCUACAUGCUGAAAGAAGAACUGAGAAAGGAGGAUUCUCAGAAGGAGCACCAGGAAGCCCAAGGGAAAGAGUUAAAACUCUGCAAAAUUCAAAUCCAAGACAUGGAGAAAGAAUUGAGGAAGCUCAGGGAGGAGCUGAAGAAGAGUUCUACUGAACAGAGCAUGAUCUCCAAAACGCUGCGAGAAAAGAGUAAGGUUGAAGAGAAGCUUCAGGAGGAUUCCAGAAGGAAAUUGCUCCAGCUGCAAGAAAUGGGGAACAGAGAGAAUCUCAUUAAAGUCAAUUUGGAAAGGGCAGUAGGUCAGCUGGAGCAUUUCAGAACUCAAAUCAUCAAGGCCACCUACGGACAGGUGAAGCCGUUCCUGGACAGAUCCGUCACCGAUCAGCAGUUAAUAGAGAAGAUUACCCAGGUCAUGGAGGACAGCAUCAACCUUCAGCAGAAAAAAUGGACCCUGCAGAAGGAGACUCAGCUCCACAGCUCCAAACGGGAGGAAAUCACAGAGAACGUUGAGAAGCUGAAGACAUCUUUAGACAACUGCCAGGCGUGCAUGAAAAUGUCCUGCUCUAGCAAGGACCUGAAGAAGGAGGUGGACGUGCUUCAGAGCCUUCAGGUGAGCCCGCCCGUUUCAGGGCUCCAGAAGGUGACACUGGACAUCUUGCGCCUGGCGCUGUCCUGGCUGGAGGACACGGAGCGUCUCCUCGGGGAGGUCGGGAUCCAGUUAUCCAGCUCCGACGCAGGAUUGUCUCUGUAUUUGGAAUAUCUUCUGAUACAUUACAAGAAAAUUACAAACCAAAGCCAGGAACUUCAGAUCAAGAUCCACAGCUCUCAGGAAGCUCAGCAGUCUUUCAUGCAAGAGAAGCUGCAGGAGCAUCUGGCAGAGAAGGAGAAGCUGAAUGAGGAUAGGCUCCAGCAAGAGGAGAAGCUGAGAGACAGAAUCAAGCAGCUGUUGGAAGAGAAGGAGGAUUUGGAGGAAAGCAUUGCUCAAGAGAAAAACAGAGCAAAAGAAGCAUUAGAAGAAGAACAGAAGAGAGUCCAAGAGCUGGAGAAUCGCCUAACCCGCCAGCAGAAGGUUUGGGAGGAAAGCAUUGCUCAAGAGAAAAACAGAGGGAAGGAAGCAUUAGAAGAUGAACAGAAGAGAGUCCAAGAGCUGGAGAGUCGCUUAACCUGCCAGAAGGAGAUCUCAGAGAGCAGCAUCGCCUACGAGAAACACAAAGCAAAAGAGGCCAUAGAGAAGGAAAAGAAAAAGGUGCGAGAUCUGGAGAACCGAAUAACCAAGCAGAAGGAGGAAAUAGACUUGAAAGUGCAAAAAGAAGAUGUUUUAAAUAAUAAGUUAAAUGACGCGCUGGCCAUGAUAGAAGAGAUUCAGAAAACCAAGAUGGCUGAGAGCCUGAAAGCUGAGAGCCUCAGCAUGAAAUUAAACGAAACGUUAGCCGAACUGGAAACGGCCAGGACAAAAAUGACGGUGAUGGAGGAGCGGCUGCAGCACACAGUAAAGGCCCUCCGGGACGAACAGGAAGCACAGAAACACGGAUUUGAAACCGAAGUCGUGGAAUACAAGGAGCAAAUCAGACAGCACUCCCAGACGAUCGUGAGCCUGGAAGAAAGGCUGCAAACAGUGACCGCGCGCCACAGAAAGAUAGAAGGAGAGAUUGCAACUCUGAAGGACAACGACCCAGCCCAGGAGGAGGUGAUGCAGCGAGAGCCCCCCGCGGUGCCUCCGACGGAGACCAGUGUCAAAGACGAAGUGGGUGACACCUUGAUAGGGGAUCUACUGGCCGCUCAGAAGGAAAUCCUGUCUCAGCAGGAGGUCAUCAUGAGGUUACGGAAAAACCUCACGGAAGCCCACAACCGAAUGUCAGACUUGAGAGGGGAGCUUAAUGAAAAGCAGAAGAUGGAACUGGAGCGGAACGUGGCCCUGGUCCAGCAACAAAGCAACGAACUAAAAGCGCUCAAGGAAAAGAUGGCGCAGCUGACUGGCCUGGUGGAAAAGAAGGACAGGGAGCUGGAGGUCCUCAAGGAGGCACUCAGGGCCUCUCAAGAGAAACACCGAGUCCAGCUGCACAAGGAAAAGGAACAGAAGCCCAAGAACAUGACCCAGAUGUGUGACAUCUCAGUGCAGAUGGAACCCGUCCACACUGACAUUUUCUCGAGCAGUCAGGAGGAUUCCUUCAGUGAUCUAGGGGCCAAGUGCAAAGGGUCCCGACACGAGGAAGUCAUUCAGCGUCAGAAAAAAGCCUUGUCUGAACUGCGUGCACGAAUUAAGGAGCUGGAGAAGGCGUCCUCGGCAAAUCCUAAGGACCACCCGAAUGAAUCAUUUCUAGACUCAAAGGCUGUCAGAAUGGAAACAAAUGUCCAGAAGACAUCGGACGCAAAACCUGACGUGCCAGCUUUCUCAAGAAUAGAGAUCAGAGCGCCUCGGAACGGCCCUGUCAACUCAGCCGUCCCGGACGUCAAGUCAGGGAAGAUGGAUGUGGUUGAGGCUUUAGAUCUCAGUGAAAAGUUGUACAUGGACAUGAGCGAAACACUCGGGAGCCUGAUGAACAUCAAGGACAUGUCAGGUCACAUAUCCAUGAAGUACCUCUCCCCCAAAGAGAGAGAGAGAGUCAACCAGCUCCGACAAAGGGACCUCGAUCUGGUGUUCGAGAAGAUCACCCAACUCAAGAGCCGGCUGGAGAGAAAAGAGGAGCUUUUGAGAGGCUACGAGAAAGACAUAGAACAGCUCAGGCAGAGCAAAGUAUCCGUGCAGACGUACCAGUCACAGGUGGCCAAGCUGGAGGACAACAUCCACAAAGAGGCCGAAGAGAAGGCCCUGUUGAAGGAGGCCCUGCAGCGCGUGGAGCUCCAGCUGUACCAGGAGAAGAGGUUCAACAGGGCCAUCAGGCAGCAGAAGGUUGGAGCCAGAAAAGCCACCCAAAAGAUGGACCAAGAAAGGGAGACACCGAAGGGAGAAACAUCCAGCAAAUCCAGCCAGAGCCUUCUGUUUUCCAAGCCCGGUAGCAGGAACUAGAAAUGCCAUCCCGUCGGGCCUUGCGUGAUGCUCCGUGAGUCCCAUAUGUGACCCUUCUGUGUCAAAAUAGUAAGAUGCUUUUAUAGGACUUUAAAGGUUGUUACCCCAGUA